AUGCUUGAAUUCGUUUAUGUAUUGAAAAGAAGAAACUCUAGAGCCGUUAAUGAUUUUUUUAUCAACCACACGGAUCAUGAAACUGUUGCAGGUCUUGUCUAUCUGCUCAUCUUAUUAGCGUUAAUGAUCCCGCUCAUCUACAACGAGCCUGAAGAAAGGCUGUUUCAGAAGCUAGAACUAGUAAAUGGUGUAAUAUUCACUGGUGGCUGGGCUAAAGAAGGAUUGUAUUACGAUGUCGUCCAAAAAAUAUUCAAUAAAGUAUUAGAGAAAAAUGAUGCAGGAGAGCAUUUUCCUGUAUACGCCAUGUGCCUCGGAUUCGAGAUUUUGUCAAUGAUCAUAAGUCAGAGGCGAGACAUUCUUGAAAGGUUUAACUCAGUGUAUUAUGCAUCAAGUCUCCAGUUCAUUGAGAAUGUUAAUAUACAAGGAACAGUUUUCCAAAGAUUUUCUCCCGAGCUGUUGAGAAAAGUCAGCACAGACUGUUUGGUUUUGCAGAACCACCAGUUCGGUAUCUCACCAGAUACCUUUCUAGCCAAUCCUUCUCUGUCUAGUUUCUUUGAUAUCCUUACAACCAGCGCUGAUAGAGACGGCAAGUUUCUUUUCCAGACUUAUGUAUCAACUAUUCGAUCAAAAAGAUACCCAGUGACUGCCUUCCAAUGGCAUCCAGAGAAAAAUGCAUUUGAGUGGGGAUCACCUGAGAUUCCACACUCCGAGGACGCAAUCCAGGUGACUCAGCACGCUGCAAACUAUCUAGUCAGUGAAUCUAGAAAGUCACUCAACAGACCAUCUCCUGAUAAUGUAUUAAGCAAUCUCAUCUACAACUACAAGCUAAUCUACUCAGGAUACAAAGGGAGCGGCAACGACGAGGCUUACAUUUUCAUAUAAAAAAAAAAUCCCAACUCCAAGAUCAAAGUCCCGAGCCGAUUGGUUUUGCUGGCUUGCAUGAUUUCUCGUAUAGUUCUGUUUAUAAGCAAUAAGAUUUGACUUCAGUGGAAACUGAAAAGUAUAAACGAACACUGAUAAAAAAGAGUCUCUCAUCUAUAAGAUCAAAAGUCAUGAUUUAAAACACA